CAGUUGACUGUGCAACGAUGCAGCGGACGGUUCUAGUUUUGGUAGCUACAGUAGGAGUUCUGAGCAUGGCUCAACAAAUAAAAUGCAGGUCGCCGAGCCGUUUCAUGAUUCCAGUAUUCAAAGCAAAUUGGUUCAAAGCCACCGAGUUUUGCUUCUCCCUGGGGAUGCAACUUGCCAUCACCAACUCAAAGGAGGACCACGACCGGAUUGUGGAUACGGUAAAGGCAUCGCCGAUUUACAAUGCGAACGACACGAUCGUUUGGAUCGGUGGGAGCGAUCUCGCUGAGGAGGGCGAUUUCUAUUGGCACGCGACUGGGGUUCGUUUGGCGUACGCUCACUGGCAACCAGGUCAGCCGGAUAACUGGAAGAAUCAGGAGGAUUGCCUUUCGAUAGUGAACGUUUUAUCGCUCGGAUGGCGGUGGGUGGCCAACGAUGGCAAUUGCGAGGGGCUACACUAUUUUGUGUGCGAAAAUGUUGAGUGGAUUCACAAUAUUAGUGUUUUUUGAAACUUUUAAUAAUGGGAAUAUUGAUAAAUUAUAUACAUGCAUUCAAUAAAGUAAGUAGCAUGAUGUAAACAAAACGAGUUUGA